AUAUCAAAGUCCUUUCUUUAUUCGAUCCCUUAUUUAUCAUGAGGUGCAAGUAAUGAGUCUUGUUUUCUCUUAUCCUUAGAACCUGUGUUAAAAGGAAAAAGUUAAAAAAAAAAAAGUGAAAGUUUUUUAGUUUUGAUUUUAUCAUUUUUGAGUAAAUAAAUAAAGAAACAACAAAAUGUCAUUCACAGGAACUCUUGAUAAAUGCAAAGCUUGUGAUAAGACUGUUUAUGUUGUUGACUUGUUAACUCUUGAAAAUAUACCUUACCAUAAAAAUUGCUUCAAAUGUAGUCACUGCAAGGGAUAUCUUACGAUGAGCACCUACUCCUCAAUGGAUGGUGUCCUCUAUUGUAAGCCACAUUUUGAGCAGCUUUUCAAAGAAUCCGGCAAUUUCAGCAAGAACUUUCAAACAGCAAAGUCUUCUGAGAAACAAAAUGAGGCGAACAGAGCCCCCAACAGACUAUCCUCUAUGUUCAGUGGAACUCUAGACAAAUGUUCAGUCUGCACAAAAACAGUCUAUCCUUUGGAAAAGAUGACACUGGAAGGGGAAUGUUACCACAAGAAUUGCUUUAGGUGUGCUCAUGCAGGUUGCCACCUUACACAUUCUUCAUAUGCUGCCCUAGAUGGUGUCCUUUAUUGCAAGCACCAUUUUCAACAACUUUUCAUGGAGAAAGGAAACUACAAUCAUGUACUUCAAGCUGCUGCAAAUAAAAAGAAUGCAACUCCACCUCCUGAACCAUCUGAACCAGUUGAAUCAGAUGAACCAGCUGAAUCAGCUGAUGCUGCUGAUGUUGAUGAUGAACCAUCAAAGCCAGAUGAAGAAACAGAGGAACAGACAGAAGAAAAGUCUGAGACACAGGAAGAUUGAAUUCCUUCCACCUUCUUUUGAUUGAAUUUCAGUAUCUAAAAUUUGCUUACAAAUUAGUUUAAUUAAUUGUAAGCUAAUUUGAGAGGUUUAUUUAUGUAUUCAAACAGAGUUGUUCAAUAUGUGCAAUGUAUUAAUUCUUGUAUUCAUUUUGUUGGAGGUUAUUAUUCUCCUGUAGUGAUUUCACUUCUAUGUAAUAGUAACUUGUAUAAUAGUAAAGGAAUAUAAUUUAAUUUAA